AUGAAUAAACUAUUGAAAACUUUAAUAAAUAAACGUGAUGGUGGAGCAUCAUCAUCAUCGUCACCAACAACGGGAUCAUCGGAAGAAAUCUUAUCAAAUAACAACAAUACUACAUCACAAGAUAUUCUUCUUACGUUAACGCAUCUUCGAAAAGUUUUCUAUGAAUAUCAGCAUCCAAAAAUUCAAUGGACACAACAAGAGAAAAAUGAACGCCUCUAUUCAACAUUACCAAUGGUUCUUAAAGUUCUUAGCGUGCUUACGAAUAAUGAAUGGGAAGAACGUUUUCCUGAACUACAUGAUUAUACUUUAACACUUGCUAAAUUACUUGUUUACGAAAUACGAAUGCGAGCUGACAAAGAGCCUAAUACAAGCGCAGCAAGUCAAGCUAUUAUCGAUUAUCUUGAAAUCAAUGAAGAAACAAAUUCCUUAUCAGGAUGGUCAUUACUUCGUUCACUUAAAUUAUUAUCAACAGGACCGAAUAUUAUCAUCGAUAAAUUUGCACAAGCAUCUUUACCGAGUACAUUCGUUAAAUGUUUAUAUUUAUUUUUUGAUUUACCAGAUAUUCCAAUAACUCAUUCAGCUAGCGAUGCAAUAUCGCCAAAAGAAAAACGUAUACUUCUACAACAAAUAUUUUUUCAACUUUUAUCACGUAUUGCUAUGUCAAAUUCAUGUGUAGACGAAUUAACACGACGUGAUGAUCUUCUAUUAUUAUUUAGCGCUAUAUCAAGUAAUUGUCCCGAACGAAAUAAACCAUGGAGGAUGCAAGCAUCCGAGAUGCUUGUUUUAAUUGGAAAACAUUCAUUACAAGCAGCUAUUCAAUGCAUUCAUAGUGCGCGAUGUAUAUCACAAUGUGUCGAUAGUUUACGUCGAGCAACGUGUGAUCUAUCAUUAAUCGAAAUAGCUGGUGUUUAUGAAACAUUAAUAAGUUUAAUAAUUGAAUCCGCUUUGUCAUCGUCGAUUCUUGUAGAUGAUUUUCGCCUUGCACAUUGUUAUGUUCACGUAAAAGAUAUUAUUUUGAGACUUGAAAAUGAAUGGAUCAAUGAUGAAUCUGAAAAAUUAUUUGCACGCUUUAUUACAUUACUCGGUGAUUUCACGUAUGCAGGCUAUAAUGAGCUUAAAUUAUCUGGUCGACCCGAAACAAUUAUUGAUAUUCCAAAUUUUGCUCUGCCACAACCAAAAAAAACCGGUUUUAUAGUACGUAAUACGUCAGCAUUUACAAUUCUUCAAUCUAUUUUUCAACAAUCGACUCAUCCAUUUCUUGUCAACAUAGUAUUCGAUACCAUAAGCAGUAUUAUAUUAGCGGACAAUGCAAAUUAUUUUAUUUGCGGUGAAAAUCUUUCACCGAUUACUGAAGUACUUUACAAUAAAUCUAAUGAUGUACAAUUGAAAAUUUAUGAUCUUCUGGAAUUUAUUGUAUUUCAACUUAAAUUUAUUCCACAUCGAGAACUUGUCAAUUUAUCUAUAAUGCUUAAAUCGCAUAGCUGUGUACAAAGCCAUAAGAAUUGUGUAAAAUACCUUAUACAUAUACUGAAAUUUAAUAAUGUAUUAAAAGAUGCUCUUCGAGAAUUGGGCUUUAUUGAAGUACUUAUUUCACGUUUACAUCAUUUUGCCACGUUACUUAAAGAAUCAAUACAAGAUCCAAAUGAUAAAGGUGAUAAUAUGAACCAAGAAGAAAAAGAACUAGGUUUUUUGGUUAUGGAAGCAUUAGCUUUACUUCUAUCACAUAAUCAAAAAAAUGCCAAAAUAUUUCGAGAACAUGGUGGUGCAAGAUUAGCACAUAAUAUAAUUCCAUAUCGAUUAUGUCGAGUAGCAGCAUUAACAGUUGUACUUCAUCUUGUUUUAUGUACUGGAGGUGAAGAUGAUACAGGAACAUUAUUAGGACUUAUACAUACAGCGAAAUUAGAAGAAUUAGAAAUGAAAUCAGUUAUACUUAAAGGAUUUCUUUAUAUUCUUCGUGAAAGUCAUCGAACUCGUACCGUUUUUCGAAAAGUCGGUGGUUUUGUCUAUAUUGUUUCAUUGUUGAUAUCCAUGGAAGGUUGUCUUGCUGUACCGCCGAAAAAUCCAUGGAUAACAGUAUCUCGUCAUGAAAUUCUCUCUAUUAUUCGUUUGAUACUCAAUACAUUAACUGUAGCAAUGCGCUUUGAACCUGGCAAUGCGCGUAUAUUUGAAAACGAGGUUCGUUGGCAAAGUUUAUCUGAUGCUAUUAAAUUACUUGGUUGUUUUACUAAUGAAAUGCGUCUUACUGAUAGCACAUCGUUAUCGAAAUUUGAUUAUGCAUCAAAACACAAUUAUGAUAUAUUCGAACAACUAUUCUAUUCACUUGAUGAACGUGCUGUUGCAUCAACGGAUUUACCUCUUGAACUCAUUAAUGCUUGUCACAUAGCACGAUGCUUUCAUGAUAUCGCACUCGAUUGUGUUGAUAAGUCACUAAUAAAUUCAACAUUGAAAAAUGAGCCUGCCAAACAAGGAACAUCGAUGGAUAAUAAUGAUGAACCAGCAUCGAGUCCACUUUUUCGGACAAUUACACUUAAUAUGCCAACAGCACGAACAUCAGCAGCAUUUACAUCUUACAUGGAAGAACCUAUUAUUGUUUAUCCAGGUGCUAUUGUUUGUUUUCUGCAAAUUAUUUCUUGCAUACCAAAAAUGAUUGACGAACAGUAUUCAAAUCGUUUACAAUAUUUUUUAAUGCUAACAUUAAAAAAUUUACUUAAAUAUGAUCGGAAUUUACAAAUAAUGGCUACCUAUGGAUUUUCUCAACAUAUUUUAUAUAUAUGUGAAAUUGCUUUACAAAAUGAAAAUCAUCAUUUACAUACAUCUGUAGAAUAUGUUUUUGAACGAUUAGCUACGUUUAUUCUACCAGUACGAACAUCGAGACAAUUUCUUCGUAUGGGUAUUGAUUCAAUUCUUAGUCCAAAAUUAUUAAUGAACUCUUCUAAAGAUUCGAUUUCAAUAAAUAAAUCAUUUGUACCAUUGAAUCGAAUAAAAUGUCUUGUUUCAAUGACCACAUCACGUGAUAUACGUCGUGAUACUCAAGCAUUAUUAUCAUCGAAUUCUCCAACAGGAAUCAUGUCAAAUACAUCUUCAUUAAUUUCACCAUCAUUUGUUGAAUUCAACAUGGGUAUUGAAGGUUUUGGUGCUCUAUUAUUGCCAUGUUUAAGUCCGCAAUCUGUAACAUCAUCGACCAAUGUUGUUGGUAAUUUUGGUAUGGUUACAAUGACAAAUGACAUUAUUUUACAAGGUGGUAUGACAUUAACCAAUGGUGGCGAGAGAACAUUUCCACCGCAAUAUGGAAUGGCCUAUUCAACAUGGUUUUAUGUUGAAAAAUUUGGUCCUAUUAAAGAUAAUGUACAUCCAAUACGUCUUUUAUCUGUUAUUCGAAAUACAUUUAACCGGGAAGACUAUCGAUUUGUUUUACAAGUUUAUAUUCAUCCAAAAGAUAAAUCUUUAUUAGUAUCAACACAAGAACAUCCAUUUCAAGACUGCCAUAACGAUGCCGUAUAUACAGAUGAUAUUAAAUCCGAUGGUUUAGUAAAAUUCACGUGUUCCGAGAUGAUGAUCGAACAACGAUGGACACAUAUAGCACUUGUUUGGGCCAAAGGAAUGCUCAAGAAUAGUGCUGUUACAUUAUAUAUCAAUGGAAAACAAAUAGCUGUACAAAAACUUCAUUAUAUAACUAAUAUGGCUGUUCCACCUGGCAAUAGUAUUUCUACAUUUGCUUAUAUCGGUUCAUUACCAAUGCAACGAGUACAUUCAAGUGUACAAUGGCGUCAAGGUCCAUGUUUUCUUAUUGAUGAAAUUCUGACGUCACAAAUUAUCGUUGCUAUGUAUGCAGCUGGUCCAAAUUAUAUUGGUUCAUUUCAAGCUGUUUGUAUUGAUCCAUUAAAUGAUGUAUUUUCACCAUUGUUUCCCGAAGAUAGAAUUAUAUUUGGUUUACAUCCAGCAAGCUUUUUCGAAACGACUUUAUCACAUUUCAAAAAACUUUACAAUAAAAACGAUGCAAAAUUAAUUGCUAAACAGUUAAAUAUGCCAACAAAUGAAUCAACAGUACCUAUACGCAUUUUAUAUAAUAUUGCAGCACCGUACAGUGGUCCUGCUCGGACAAUAGGCGGUGUAGUCAUUGGUUAUUUAGGUGUUCGUAUAUUUAUUCCGAAUCCUGUAUCAAAAACUAUUGAACACAUUGGCGGUCCAAAUGUAAUGCUUGGUUUAAUUGCAAUGUCCAAUGAUAUUGAAUCAUUCUAUGCAUCUGUUAAAGCAUUUGUUUGUAUCCUAAAAUCAAAUAAACAAAUACAAAAUGAAUUGCUAAGAACAAGAGCCUAUCAAAUGCUUGGGUAUCUAUUUCUAAAAAAACGUCAUCUCAUCAAUAGUCAUAUAUUACAUUUAACGUGUACACUUGUUGGUACAAUUGAUACAAUCCGAGAAUCAACAGCUAUAACAAAUCCGGCUGCAUUCGAACAUAUUUUAUGCGAAUUUGAAAUUUGGAAAGGUGCUAGCGUUGAUAUACAAAAAUCUUUGUUUGAUCAUUUACUUGAUGUAUUUUUAACGAGUGAUACACAAAAUUUAAUGAUGAAUCAAAAAUUAUCACAAAAAAUUAAUUUAAUGUCACGUCUAUUAAAUCUACUUAAAGAUGGCUCAUUACAUGAAUCUACACGCUUAAUUAUUAUAAGUCUUAUACGUGUAUUACUUGUUACAUAUAAAAAUACAAAUGAUAUAUUGAAACUUGGCCAAUUUCUUGUUUAUCUUCUUCCAUCAAGUUCCAUAUCAGAAAAGAAUGCUAAUAUUAGUGGAAACAUGGACGAGUUAUCAGUUGGUAUACAAAAUAUAAUUCUACGUAAUUUUCUUUUGGAAAUGUUAGCUAAAACAAUAGCCGAAGAAAAACGUUCGCAGAUAAAUUUAACUGAUGAAUUUUUAACUCAUCUUGGCUACGAUUGGCUUCUUCUCUUCUUACAAUCAAAUCUUCAUCCACGAACAAUUAUUUUAACAACUAAAUUUCUUAUUGCGUUUCUUCUAUCAUCAUCAAAUGCUCUUACUCGUUUUCAUGACAAUGCUAUGCUACUUAUUAAUCCAUCAACGACAAAUACUUCAACAACAGCAACAACAACUACGACUGGAAUUACAAUGUCAUCGCCAACAUCAAGUACAAAUAAUCCAACACCAUUAUCACCAUUGACAACAAUUAAUGAAAGUUGGAUCAAUGUAUUUAAUGAUCGAACAGCGAAUAAGGCAUCGUUUGGAUUAGGGAUUGAUCCAACAGCAGGACUCGGAAAUAAUACGAAUGCAUCAAUACUUCUACCUGGUUUUGUUCUUUUGCAAUAUAUAUUCGCACAACGAUCAGAAAUUAUACCAAUUUACUAUCUAUUAACGUCACUGAUUUUUCGACAAAUACCAGCCGAUGAUAUGAUGGAACAAACAGAGCUUACUAUGGAAAAACUAUUAAAAUUAGUAAAUAUUCCAAAUCCACUUGCUACUAGUCCGUCUGUUUCAAGUGCAUCAGGAUCGAAACAGCAAUCAUCAACUCAACAGCAAUAUGAGUUAGAUGCUUGUCCGAUACUUCUUGCAAUGAUUCGCAAUUUAGCUUCACAAGAAAAUGAACAAGCUGAACAAAAUGGUUUAGCUGUAUUAAAAUUUUUUCAUCAAUUAUAUCGUCGAAAAUGUGAAUUUUUUAAUUAUGCUCAAACUGUUGAAUAUCUUUCAUUUCUUUGUGCCAUUGUAUUUCCUCCUGCACUCUCGAAUCAAAUAUCAUUCGAUUUACCAAAUACUAUUAUUCGUCAGAAAAACGGCAACAAUGAAGAACCUGUUUCACCAAAUACAAGUCUUGACUCUCUCAUUGCUGCAUUUACAUCAAAUGUAACAUUACGCGGAGCAACUGUUGAUAUUGUUCGAGAUAUAAUCAUCGAUAGUCUUUAUUCAAAUACUGCACGUAUACCAAAUGCGAUUGAUUAUUUUCUUUCUGCUUUACCAGAAAAUAUGAAUUCUGAUAUAACUUAUCAAAUAUUUGUACAAUGUAUAUUUAAAUCAAUAAUUGAGCAUUUAGAAACGUCAGAAUUAUGUCCAACAACUAUAAAUGAAGAUCAAACAAAUGCACUUCCAUUCGGUCUCGGUGGUGAUCAAGGACGAACAUCAUUGUCACGUACCUUGUCAAGUAUAACAGCGCACAGUCCAUCGAACAAUUUUAAUAUGUCAUCAUAUAAAUUAUUGCUUGAAAAUGUAACACAUUUUAUUGAACGUAUGGUCGAUAAAAUAUGGGAUAUUGAUUAUCGAGAACCAAAACAAAUCUUUGAAUUCAUUACAAAAGUUAUCAAUCAAGCAAAAAAACGAGGUUCAAAUACAUUUAUGGAUGGAUUAUUUCGUUCAUUGAAUCGAACAAUAUUAUUUGAGUUAUCCCGAAAAAUUGAUUCAUUUGGCGAUCAAAUGACUGCGCUUGAUGCACUACAUCGUUUAGCGAACAAUCGACAAUUGAUUUUUUCUGAUUCAAACCAAGAUGUCGAAUUUUUCGGUUGUCUUUGUUAUUGUUUAAUUAUUUUAAUUGACGAAACAGGAACAAAACAAUUUAGUGAGGAUUCGAGCUCGCGAUCAACUUGGUAUCAUCGCCUUGAUAGUCCAGUAUCACCAAUGCAGCCAAACAAAAGUUUAAUUAUCAACGCUGCACAACGUAUUUGGUCGGAAUUAUAUAUGAAAAAGAAACCGGCAUUAGAAGAAAUACUUAAGAUGAAUUUUUCGCAAUUAGUAACACAAAAUAAAACUACAUUAGUAGAUGUUAGUGAAUCUUUAUUUGAACCAGCAACAAAAGUUUGGACAAGAUUUAUUGAAGGAGAGUUAAGAAUAACCGAUAAAAUUCAGCAACAAAUUAUGCAUGUUGGUUCGCGUAUUCAACGAUUGACAGGUGGUGUAACAGGUGGUUUCCGAUCAAGUCUUCAUCAAUUUCGAGGAACGAAAGUAAAGCGUGAACAAGUUAAAUUGGAUCGAGCAACCGUUCAUAGCGCCCUGGCUUUGAUGUCUGUCAACAUUUCCAGUGUUAAAGAAAAUGUUGAUAAUGAAUAUCGUCGAUUGGGACAAAAUACCGAACAAAAGUUUAGUUAUUUAUAUGAAGAAUGGUUAGCUAUUGAACACGACUUAUUACGUGAACGUGGUUUAUGGGGUUUUGAUGAACCUGAUCCAUUGGCAAAAUAUAAACUUGAUUUUAUUGAAGGACCAUGUCGUAUGCGUAAACGAAUGGUACUGAAUGAAGAUUUCUAUAUACACUAUCCAUACCGCUUACCAACCGAACACACGAAACGAAAGUUUAAUCCUCCGGUAUCAUUUGAUUCUAAACAAUAUGCUGAUCGACAAUGUCAGCGUGUCGAUCGUUUACUUAUUACAAGUCCGCAAUCUAUUGAUAGUACUGUUGUUAAUUCGCCACCAACAGUAAAAGAAACAAAUGAACCAGUAUCUCCACCACCUACAUCAACUGCGUUGAUUGUUAUGGCAUCAAAAGAAUCUAAUGAAUUAUCUCCAACUUCACCAACGGAUGCAAUUGUUCGACAAGAUAGUGAACUAUGGGCCAAUGAAGAAGAAAAAGAAUUACUUGCACCAACUUUAUUAUCAGUACGAAAGAAAACACUAUCAAAUGAUAUGAUACCAGAAGAAACAACUAUAGGUGAAGAAGAUGAAGAAGAAGAAGAUCCAAUCGAUACUAAUCUAGAACAAGAUGAAGCAGAAACUGAAGCUCAACAAUCACCAGCGCCAGCCAAUGCAAUAGCUGAAAUGACUCAAACAAAUCAAAAUGUUUUACGAUUACUUGAGGACGAUGAAAAGAUUUCAUUAGCAUUUCGUUGUGCACGUAUCGAAGGGCUCGAUGGCAGUGAAGGAAUAUUAAUAUUUGGUCGCGAACAUUUCUAUAUUCUCGAAGGAUAUACAUAUAAUACAGAAAAAAAUGAAAUCGUUGAUCUAGAUAAAUGCCGAAAUGAUUAUGUACCAUUAAUACCAAAAUCAUCAACAAUAACAAAUGCAGAGUUGAUACAAUUUAGAAAAGAAUGUUCAAAAUUUGCCUAUGAAGAUAUCAAAGAAGUUCAUAAACGUCGACAUAUUUUACAACCUAUUGCUUUGGAAUUAUUUGCUGCUGAUGGUCGAAAUUAUUUACUUGUAUUUGUUCGUAAAGAGCGUAAUAAAAUUUAUCAACGCUUAUUGAAUUCAGCAACGGAAUUAACUGAUUCAGCUAUUCAUUCUGUAUCUGGUCAACGACGAAGUAUCAAUAUCGAACAAGGAACAAGUUUUAUUGGUUCAUUGAUGGGCGAACGUUCGGUUACACAACGAUGGGAAAAAGGUGAAAUUAGUAAUUUUCAAUAUUUAAUGCAUUUAAAUACGCUUGCUGGACGAUCUUAUAAUGAUUUAAUGCAAUAUCCAGUAUUUCCAUGGAUUCUGGCUGAUUAUGAUAGUAAAGAAUUAAAUUUAACAAAUCCAAUUACUUUUCGUGAUUUAUCGAAACCAAUGGGUGCUCAAACGAUUGAUCGUCUUGUACAAUUUCAAAAACGUUAUGCCGAAUGGGAUGAUCCCACAGGUUCAACACCUGCUUAUCAUUAUGGUACACAUUAUUCAUCAGCAAUGAUUGUUGCAUCAUAUCUUGUUCGAACUGAACCAUUCGCUCAAGUUUUUCUUCGUUUACAAGGCGGUCACUUUGAUCUUGCUGAUCGAAUGUUUCACAGUAUUAAAGAUUCAUGGUUUUCAGCUAGUAAAAAUAAUAUGGCUGAUGUAAAAGAACUUAUACCAGAAUUUUUUUAUUUACCCGACUUUUUACUUAACACCAAUAAAUUUGAUCUCGGUAAAAAACAGAAUGGUUUAGCUUUGAAUGAUGUUAUUUUACCAGCAUGGUCUAAAAAUGAUCCAAGAGAAUUCAUUCGUAUUCAUCGAAUGGCAUUGGAAAGUGAUUACGUAUCGGCACAUUUAAAUGAAUGGAUCGAUCUUAUAUUUGGAUAUAAACAAGAAGGACCAGCAGCUAAUGAAGCAACUAAUGUAUUUCAUCAUCUAUUUUAUGAAGGUGCUGUCAAUGUCGAUGAUAUAAGUGAUCCUCUGGAACGAUCAGCUAUCAUUGGUUUCAUAAAUAAUUUUGGACAAAUUCCUAAACAACUUUUUAAAAGACCACAUCCACAAAAGAAAUUAAGUCGAUCUCUAAUGGAUUCUAUUGGUAUUGAAAGAAAUCUAUUUUUUAAUCAUGUGAAUAGCCUACGUCCAUCAAGAUUACCUAUUAAAGAACUAAAAUCUGCCGUCGGUUUAAUUCUUCCGACAGACAAAUCCUUAAUUGCUCUUGAACAAUGUAAAGCUAUCAUACCACCCAACUAUACACGUUGUAUACAAUAUGGAUUUCCGGAUGAAAGCUUGCGAAUUAUGCCUGUUGAUUCGGAUAAAAGUUUAAUGAUUUAUGAAUUAGUGCAAGAUGGAAAGAUAACGAAUGUUUUAUGUCCGACAUCAGAAUAUGUUAUAACAGCCGGUACUAAUACAUUAAUUAAUGUAUGGGAAAUUAGUAAAGGUCGUCAUCGACGUUUACAUCUUAAAACUCGUCUUACUGGUCAUAAUGAUAUAAUAACAUGUUUAACAGCAUCACAAGCUUAUCGAAUAUUAAUAUCGGGUUCCGAUGAUCAAACAUGUAUUGUUUGGGAUUUAAAUCGGUUACAUUUUAUUCGACAAUUGUCAAAUCAUGCAGGAUCGAUUUCAUGUAUAUGUGUUAAUGAAUUAACAGGUGAUAUUGCAAGUGCAGCUGGUAGUUAUCUUUAUGUGUGGACUAUCAAUGGGCAAUUACUUGCAUCAAUUAAUACGAUGGCUUAUAGUAGACAACAAUCUAUUCUUUGCAUAGCUAUGUCGCAGAUGAAUGAAUGGGACGAUGAAAAUGUGAUUAUAACGGGUAGUUCAGAUGGUGUUGUUCGAAUGUGGACUAUUGGCUAUGAUCAAGUAGUUGAUGAACCAUCAUCAUUAUCACCAUCAAUACUGGCAUCAACUGAAGAUCGAUCACAUGUACUGUCAAUAUCUCAACCAUCACCAAUUAAAUUACAAUCAAACACAGGCCAAAUAUCAAUUGAUAGUGAUGUUGAAUCCGACGAAGGAGAAGGAAAAAGUCCUAUAGCAUCUACUGACCCAUGUCUAUCGUCACAGAUAGAUCCAUCUUUUGAUGAUGAUGGUGAACUAAAUGUAAAUAAAGAUACACUGGACUUACCAUCUGCAGCAGCACUAAAUAGUCCAACUGGUAGUGAUAAAUUUAUUGUUGUGACUGAUAUUGAAAUACUUGAAGCGAAAAGUAAUACUAAUGAAGCUCACAACAAGUCAACUUAUCUCGAUCUAAAAGAAGGUUUUAAAUGGGAUCGUCGAUUAAAUUAUCGUGGUAAAUUAACUAUGCAUACAGCUUUUGAACGAAAAGAAAAUAUAAAUCCAGCUGCUGUUACAGCCAUUGGUAUUGCAAAAGAUCAUAAAACUGUAUUUGUUGGUGAUGCACGUGGUCGAAUAUUUAGUUGGAUUGUUAGUGAUAGUCCAGGUCGAACAAAUGCUGACCAUUGGAUUAAAGAUGAAACUGUAGGUGCAUGCAAAGAUUGUUCAAUUCGAUUUUCAUUUGCUGAACGAAGACAUCAUUGCAGGCAUUGUGGACAAUUAUUCUGUGCUAGAUGUAGCCGUUUUGAAACCGAUAUACCUCGUAUGAAAAUAUCUAAAAAUGUACGUGUUUGCCGUCAAUGUUAUUUAACAAUUAAAGAACAAAAAUUAUCAACUUCUACAAAUAAUAGUUGA